AUGAUGCGCCAAAUAUUAUUAAUCGCUGUCAUAGCCUGUGGAAUAACUGUCCAGAAAGAGUCGUCGUCGAAAAAAGAACCGUCUAUAGCAGUCAUCGGCGCCGGUACCGCAGGUCUAUCCGCCGCGCGUCGACUGACUGAGUUAGGAUUGACUGACGUUGACAUAUAUGAAGGAUCUACACGAAUCGGAGGAAGGAUUCAUCCAAUUCCAUAUUAUAAUGGUUAUCUUCAAAUGGGUGCCCAAUUUAUAAAUGGAAACGACAACCCAAUCUAUGAUAUCGCCAAAGAGGCAGGAGUUGUGGAGCAAAACCUACUUCCAGAUACUGCUCAAUUCACCAAUGCUGAAUUUUUGACAGGAAAUCAAGAAAUCAACAGAGAGGAUAUUGAGCUUUUCAAAGAAUUCGUAACCCCUUUAUACACGAAAUACAGGAAUUUGGCUAAGAAUCAUGACUUACUUUCAAGAGUAUAUACAUUCAAAACAAUAUUCAUGGAAGAUUACAAUUGGUUCUUGAAAAAAAACAACAUUGAUGGCGAAAGAAAGAAGCUCAUGGAAGCCUUGAUUAGGCCUUACAGAACUUUUUGGGAAUUUGAAUGGGGAGGAAACUGGGAAGAUUUGAGUGCUCGUGUUUUAGCUGAGUUCAAUCAGGUCAGUUCGGAAGGAGAUUCCUACACGACUGACCACAUUGGAUUCAAAGCUAUCAUCGACAAAAUCGCAGAAGGAAUUCCAGAAGAAUUUUUCAAGUUCAACAGAACUGUUCUCAACAUCAACUAUGGAAAAGACGGAGUUUACAUCAAGACGAAAGAGCUUGGGGAAAUUGAAAAAAGAUACGACUACGUGAUUGUAACAUCAUCAUUAGGACAUCUUAAGAAGUUCCAUAAAACUCUCUUCACUCCUUCUCUUCCAAGACAGAAAGUUGAAGCUAUUGAGAAAAUCGGUUUCGGUGGAAAUUGUAAAAUCUUCUUCCGAUGGGAUAAACCUUUCUGGAAAAAUGGCACCAAUUACAUAUCCCUACUACCAAUCGAGGGAGCAUCUCGACCCACAGUUGACCCAUUCGAGAAAGAGAUGAACACCUUAGAAGUUUUGUCAUGGCAACCAAACACCCUCAUGGCCUUCAUAGCUGGGGCCGGACAUCCUCUUAUGGAUUCAAUGACAGAUGAAGAGAUAUCUAUGAGAAUUACUAAAUUGGUUCGAGACAUGACUUCUGACCAAACGAUUGAACCACCCAGCGAGAUCAUAAGAACGAAAUUGACUAAAAAUGAUCUUCUCUUGGGUUCUUAUUCGUACUUCAGUGCCGCCCAAGCAAAAGCAGGAAUAAGUCACUCUCGCCUAGCUAUCCCCAUCAAAGUCAACAGAAGACCCCGUGUGUUAUUCGCCGGUGAGGCAACACAUCACAGGCUUUUCCAAACAACUGUGGGGGCAUAUCUUAGUGGAAGACGAGAGGCUGAUCGCAUUUCAACUGAUAUUGAGAAGAAAGACGAAAAGAUCAAAGCAGUAAUUGAUAUGGAUAAUUGCUUAUAUUGCAAAAGCUCUAUCAGUAUAGAUAAUGUGAACAAGUCGUUCGUAACUCUUACAUGA